UGCGACUCCCGCACGGAAUUCCUGCGCAUCAGGAGCAUAUCGUUUUCCCUUUUCUUUAGAGUCACUAUGUUGGGCCCAAUCGUGGGAUCCGUCAUGCUUUUGGUCGCUACCGCGAUCUUUCUAUACUACACGGCAUGGACUCUCCUUAUGCCCUUCGUCGACCCCGGCCAUCCUCUCCAUGGCCUCUUCCCUCCCCGUGUCUGGGCGAUCCGCAUCCCCGUUUUCCUCACUCUAUUGGGUUCGGCCGUGGUUGGUACAUUUAUUGGAAUCGUGAUGAUCAGCAGCAACAAGAAGAAGGCAGCCAAGGCAAAGGCAGCGGCGGCUAAGAAGAAGACCUAAAGGGCUCAGCAGCAGGUUGCAUGGGAGAUUAUGUCGGAUAUACCCCCUUGUGCAGGGAGCUGAUUUGAAAACCACAAAAGGACCGUGUUCUGGUCCAUGUAAUGUGUAUUAGUACGGAUUACCAAGUGUUUUUUUUUUUUUUGUUUGUCGGCG